CACCAACGCAAUGCCCUGCUUGCACUUGGUGGCUUCCGUCUUCGCCUGCGAUCCGCCAAAACCACAGGGCCCAAGGACGGCCAAUCCAGCCUGCAACGCCAUUUCCAGCUUACGGAGUAUCUUACUGCGGUAUGCUCAGUAGCGCGAGCCUCUUCCAUGUUCGGGAACACAAAGGAACACCAUCGCUACACAAGGACGCCGUUUGGUUCUAAGCCCCACCCGCUUGGGGGUGGAAUCAUAAUCCAACGUCUUCCAUAUCAGUCAACUUUUGCGGUGGUGGACAACAACUUUUCAGACCAACCAGAUGCAGCUCCAAUUGGCGUUUAUCAUGUCUCUACCCCGUGAACCCUCGGCUUGGCCUGCCUGGCCUUGUAGAGAUUCCACGUCUGCUGGCUUUGGUGAACGGCUUGAUUUUCGAUGUCUACUCGUUGGUCGAAUGAAUGGGCCAGGCGAUGGGCAUAUCAAGAUUGUCUCAACCUCCAGACGGCCACGUAGCUGCAUCAUUGACUGCUGACGAUGUUCUGCAGGACAUUCAGAAGCUGAAAACAGAUUCUCGGUUUUUGAUGCGAGUCUCGGUCCCGACUUCAAAGCUGCCGUAUCACAGCUCGCCCUUCCUUCUUCAAGCACAUAAGAAGGCGAUCAACAUAGCAGACGCGGCGAAACACGCGUCUUGGAUCCCGGCAUCCCUUGCGUGCAGCAAUCUGCUUGACCAGAAUCAGCUCCCGACCUGGUUUCUUUUCCAGUGUGUUGGAGACAACCCGUUCCGAUCCGAAGAAGCGCCGUCUAGUAUGUUCCGCGCGAAGCCACGACACAUCGAUACCGAUCCCAACCCAGGCCAGACGAGGCUCAGGGUCUGA